AUGGCGCUCACCUGCGCCGAGCCCCGCCUGGCGCCCCUCGGCAACACCUUCCAGGUCUGGGACGAGCGGCCGCGCGAGCGGAAGCGCAGCCACAGCCACUCCGGCUACACGCCCCACCACCUCCGGGUGCUGCACGACGGCUCGGAGCCCGGCGGCGAGUCCCGCGCGGCCUCGCCGGGCGCGGCGGCCUGCGCCUCCGAGGCCUCGGACGGCUCGACCGCCGCGCCGGGGAGCCGUGCCUCGGAGGCCCCGAGCAGCCCGCGGGGCAGCACGGCGGAGCCGUGGCCGGACACGGACAGCGACGGCGAGGAGGCGUACGAGUGGUCGCCCUGCAGCCGCGGCAGGCGCGGCCCCGCUCCCGCUGAUGCCAGAGCACAGGCCGGCGGGGGCGGCUGGCCGCGCCACGCCUCGCGCGGGGUGCCGCCGCUGCAGGUCCUCGCCACGGCCCCGGCCGGCCGCGCCGCCUGCCUGCCU